AGAAGAAACCGGAGUGAAAAAUAAUAAUCGCGUUUGGAGAGAAUAAAUCGGUUUAUCUUUAAAUCCUGAGAGACAAAAAAGAAAAAUCAUGAUGCCCACAAGAGACUCCAGUAACUGUCAAAAGACUUCCAGGGCACCUGAUAUUUUCACCAGUUCUUCAGAAAUGAAGGAAGCGCUUCACCCUUGCUUAGUUUGUGGGAAGAGUUUUACUUCCCAGAAUAAACUCCGACGACACCAGCGCAUUCACACAGGAGAGAAGCUGCAUCAUUGUUUACAGUGUGGAAAGAGCUUUGCUCAGUCAAAUACUCUCCAAUCACACCAGUGUGUUCACACAGGUGAGAAGCUGUAUUACUGCUCAGAUUGUGGAAAGAGCUUCAAUAAAAAAUGUAAUCUCCGAACACAUCAGCGCAUUCACACAGGAGAGAAGCCGUAUCACUGCUCAGAUUGUGGAAAGAGUUUCAGUAAAUCAAACGAUCUCCGAAAACACCAACGCAUUCACACAGGAGAGAAGCCAUAUCGCUGCUCAGAUUGUGGAUCGAGUUUCAAUGACUCAAGCGCUCUCCGAAAACACCAGCGCAUUCACACAGGCGAGAAGCCCUAUCACUGUUCAGAUUGUGGAAAGAGUUUCAAUGAAUCGAGUGCUCUCCGAAAACACCAGCGCAUUCACACAGGAGAGAAGCCAUAUUACUGUUUACAGUGUGGAAAGAGCUUUGCUCAGUCAAAUACUCUCCAAACACAUGAACGCAUUCACACAGGAGAGAAGCCGUAUUACUGUUUACAAUGUGGAAAGAGCUUUGCUCAUGCAUAUACUUUCCAAAAACACCAGCGCAUUCACACUGGAGAGAAGCCGUAUCGCUGCUCACAGUGUGAAAAGAGCUUUGCUCAUGCAUAUACUCUCCAAAUACACCAGCGCAUUCACACUGGAGAGAGGCCAUAUCAUUGCUCGCAGUGUGGAAAGACCUUUCCCAUGUCAAAUGCUCUCCGGAGACAUGAGCGGAUUCACACGGGAGAGAAGCCAUAUCACUGCUCAGAUUGUGGAAGGAGUUUCAGUGAAUCCGGUUCUCUCAGAAAACACCAGCACAUUCACGCAAAAUAGAAGCCAUGUUGCUGUUCAUCGUAUGGAGUCUGUUUCUCUGACCCCAAUAAUUUCAACCCGCACCAGUGAAUUCACACGAGAAAUCAUUUAUCUGCUUAUAGUGAAGGGAGUUUUUACCCUCCAGGGUUUUGUCCAAACACACGAAUGCAUGCAUACAGGAGAGAAGCCAUAUCCCUGCAGUGGACUAAAUUUUGUUCAUUUUAGAAAAUUCAAAAACAUCAACAAAUGCACACAAGAGGAACUGUACCAGUGCUGAGGAGUGGUAGGUGAACAUGUUCAGUGUGACUACUGAAGACACUGAGGACCUUUUUGUUCGUUCAUUUGUUUCUUGGUAUUUGUCAUGAUUUUUUUUUCCUAUGGAGACACAUGACCUUAUGAAUUGUACUAAGCCUUCAGAGUUCAACCCAUGGAUGUUUUUACAGAGUAAUGAUAAAAAAAAAAACACGAUCACAGCACCAAAAAGAACCAUAAACAACCAAAUCAACCAAGGAAGUCGUUACAGAGAAAAGAUGGAAGAUGAAAGAAAGGGAAAAUUAUCAUAAAUAAUAGACCGGCAGCCCAGAGCAAUUUGGUUAAAUGAACAUGGUACCAACAUCUGACCACAUGAGCAUUUAGGUUGUAAUCUACCAUAUACAGAACUGGAUGUCUGUGGCGGCACACCUGCUGCAUGCUCCCCCUGGGGUCCUUACAAAGAGGCCAAAAAUUGCGCUAUAUCAAAUAUUCAAGGUACCAACUGAAACCAACUUAAAAUGAUAGUGUAUAACACACAGAGUACUGAAUGACC